AUGGGUAUGUCAACUACAUCUACUCUGACACCGGUCUCUCAAGGCCGUAAGGCUACGGCCAAGACCAAACAUUCCUCCAAAACUGUAUUGACUGACAGUUUGCCUACUGUCACAGAUGGCACGCAACCACCACUGCACAAAAGAGCCACUAGCCGGGCAAAAUCAGCCAGACUACAGAAGCAGGCAAGAGCCCAACUUGAUUCUUCAGAGCUCAGUUACAUUGAGGAGGAAAUGGAUGAGUCCGAUAAGGACGUUUCGAUUGGUCAGUCCGAUUCAGACUCCGAUGGUACGAUUAGAGGGGCAUGCUCGGCUAAUCAUCUAUCUGGAUGA